GCCCGUCUUAAUGCUCGCGCGUUGCCGUUGAAUCAUGAAAAGGCGUCGAGGAAAACGAAAGUUUCGCACGACAGUGUCCAGGUACGGCCAGUAUCGGUUACGUUUACACUUUCCUUCGGCGAUUUCUCGCGCGUUUCGAGAAAGAAGACCGCCCCCACCGAGCACUUUCUCUUCGUGGCACACGAAGACGACCUCAGGAACCCGACGACUGGCCGACAACGUUUACGAGAGGAUGAGCGCCAAGACGAGGCAGUACCAAGUCCCGGAGGAUUUCGACCCCGCGGAUCAUCCUCCGGUGAAGAUGCGACACGGUAACCACAACGCAGACCAAAGCGAAACGCAAAGGAAAAGAAGAUCCAAAAACAGACUGUCGAACCGUCGAAGCACGGGUUACGUGUCGCCAGAGCUGGUUGAAGAGGCCCUUCAUAUGGGCCCCUCGCAUAGCAAUUGAAACCAAACGGAAGCGAAAACCGUAGGCGCAUUUUUACCGCAAAGCCAAAGCUAGAAAUGGGAGAAAACAUUAUAUUUGUAAUUAUAAAUGAAAAUAUAUAACUAUUUAUGUAUUACGUAGACUCAUAUGUAUAAUA